GGUCGCUUCCGUCUAGCAGCCUCAGAGACACGCGGCGCGGCCUGGGAGGUUUCUCCUUGGCGCCACUUUCCAUAUCCCCCGGGCUGCUUCCUAUUUGCAUCUGGAAAUUUGAUUUUUCUCUCCAGAGCCCGAAACGCUCGGUCCACUCCUUCUAGGGCUCCAGUACCCAAGAGUCCGAGAGCCAGGCGUCCUAAUCCUGGGAUCUCGGUCUCCCGGAGCAAGGCAUCCCGGAUCUAUGCCACUUGGGUUGAGCUUCCUGAAGACCUCAGCUACCUGAGUUUCCUUACUCCUUCAGGGAGUCAAAGAACCCUCUGAAGAGCUGUUCCCUACUCCAACAAGGCGCUCUCAACUCCCAGUUUUCGGGGAUUCGACAUCACCAGGAAAAAUAAAGGGAUCUCCGCAUACAGCUCAGGGAGCCUAGGACCCUCCAGUUUCCGAGAUCCGGUGGACGCAUAACUUCAAGGACCGCUGCAAAGUUUCAGCCUCCAUUCUCGGUCCUAAGGACGUCACACCUAGUCUCCAGGCUCACAAGGAACCUCCCUGUUACGGCUCAGCAUGGCAGUGGAUCCCCCUAAGGCUGACCCCAAAGGGGUAGUAGCGGUGGAUUCCACCGCGAACGGUGGCCCCGCGCUGGGAUCCAGAGAGGACCAGAGUGCGAAAGCAGGUGGUUGCUGCGGUUCCCGUGACCGGGUGCGCCGCUGCAUUCGCGCCAACCUGCUGGUGCUGCUCACGGUGGCUGCGGUGGUGGCUGGCGUGGGGCUGGGGCUGGGGGUCUCGGCGGCGGGCGGUGCUGACGCGCUGGGUCCCGCGCGCUUGACCGCUUUCGCCUUCCCGGGAGAGCUGCUGCUGCGUCUGCUGAAGAUGAUCAUCCUGCCGCUCGUGGUGUGCAGCCUGAUCGGAGGUGCAGCCAGCUUGGACCCUAGCGCGCUCGGUCGUGUGGGCGCCUGGGCGCUGCUCUUUUUCCUGGUCACCACACUGCUCGCGUCGGCGCUCGGCGUGGGUUUGGCCCUGGCGCUGAAGCCGGGCGCCGCCGUUACCGCCAUCACCUCCAUCAACGACUCUGUUGUAGACCCCUGUGCCCGCAGUGCACCAACCAAAGAGGUGCUGGAUUCCUUUCUAGAUCUCGUGAGGAAUAUUUUCCCCUCCAAUCUGGUGUCUGCUGCCUUCCGCUCUUUUGCUACCUCAUAUGAACCCAAAGACAACUCAUGUAAAAUACCGCAAUCCUGUAUCCAGCGGGAGAUCAAUUCAACCAUGGUCCAGCUUCUCUGUGAGGUGGAGGGAAUGAACAUCCUGGGCCUGGUGGUCUUCGCUAUCGUCUUUGGUGUGGCUCUGCGGAAGCUGGGGCCCGAGGGUGAGCUGCUCAUUCGUUUCUUCAACUCCUUCAAUGAUGCCACCAUGGUCCUGGUCUCCUGGAUUAUGUGGUACGCACCCGUUGGAAUCCUGUUCCUGGUGGCCAGCAAGAUUGUGGAGAUGAAAGACGUCCGCCAGCUCUUCAUCAGCCUCGGCAAAUACAUUCUGUGCUGCCUGCUGGGCCACGCCAUCCACGGGCUCCUGGUUCUGCCUCUCAUCUACUUCCUCUUCACCCGCAAAAAUCCCUAUCGAUUCCUGUGGGGCAUCAUGACACCCCUGGCCACUGCUUUCGGGACCUCUUCUAGCUCUGCCACCUUGCCUCUGAUGAUGAAGUGUGUAGAGGAGAAGAAUGGUGUGGCCAAACACAUCAGCCGGUUCAUCCUACCCAUCGGCGCCACGGUCAACAUGGACGGGGCGGCGCUGUUCCAGUGUGUGGCGGCAGUGUUCAUCGCACAACUAAACGGGGUGUCCCUGGACUUCGUGAAGAUCAUCACCAUCCUGGUCACAGCCACAGCAUCCAGUGUCGGUGCGGCAGGGAUCCCUGCAGGGGGCGUCCUCACCCUCGCCAUCAUCCUGGAAGCAGUCAGCCUGCCUGUGAAGGACAUCUCCUUGAUCUUGGCCGUGGACUGGCUAGUGGACAGGUCCUGUACUGUCCUCAACGUGGAAGGUGAUGCUUUUGGGGCUGGACUGCUUCAGAGUUACGUGGAUCGAACCAAGAUGCCGAGCUCAGAGCCCGAAUUGAUCCAGGUGAAGAACGAGGUGUCUCUGAAUCCACUGCCCCUCGCCACAGAGGAGGGGAAUCCCCUCCUGAAACAGUACCAGGGACCCACCGGGGACUCCAGUGCCACGUUCGAAAAGGAAUCUGUCAUGUGAAUAUCAGGAGGGACUUUCUACGCCCUGGUGACUUCACGUUGGAAGCCGGGUCUUGCGAGCUGGAGAAAUGGACUGGAUGAGGGCUCUAGGGGUGGGCUGUUUACACACUCCAGGAAUCUAGGGGUCGGUGUCUCCUUCCUGGAGAGGCUAUUAGGAGCCUUGUUGCUGGGGUGCAUAUGCUUAUAUGUGAAUGUGUCCACAAAUCCCACCCCCUCUCCGUUCUGUCCCCCAUUCAAGGAAUGACAUUCUCAGUCACCCAGAGCCAUCUGGCCUACCCUCUCAGGAAAUGGGUUGUCCUGUAGAGUUCUCUACCCUUUUAAAGGCAAAAGUAUUGGGAUGCAAUACUAUCUUAAUGUCCCUAUCUGUGGUGUGUGUGCACUUGCUGUGACCUUCCCAGUAGUCCCUCCAUGACAGAAAACACUCCCAUGAGUCUCGAGGGAAAGCCAAGAAUAAAUGUCACUCCAGAACACAUUUUUUUUUAGCAAUAAAAUGGUGUCAAAUGUAUUGACCAUGGCCCUAGAGUCUGAGUAAUACC